UAUUUUAUCAACCAUUGUCGGCCUAAGCUUCGACAAACGUGAUCAUCAAUGUCUCGUCUUUAUAUGAACACAGCCCCGACCCACAUCAGAACGUCACAUUCACUGCCCGCCAGACAUUCCCAUUAUAAAACCCCACUGCCGAGCUCCACAAUCCCGUCGGCAAAAAUGGCGGGCACGCUUCCAAUCCUCGAUCUGCAGGAACUCCAAGGGUCGUCGUCAUCGGAGAAUCUCCGGGAAGCGUGCGAGAAGUGGGGCUGCUUCAGGCUAGUCAACCACGGCGUCCCGGUAAAGCUGAUGUCCGAGAUGAAGUCAGUCGUCGGGGAGCUCUUCGACCUCCCCAUUGACGUCAAGCGACGCAACGUUGACGUCCUCUCCGGAAGCGGCUACGUCGCGCUGUCGUCGAAGAACCCUCUCUACGAAGCUCUCGGGCUCUACGACAUGGGUUCUGCCGCCGCCGUCCACAAGUUCUGCGACCAGCUCGCCGCCUCUCCUCAACACAGGGAGACGAUUCUGAGCUAUGCGGAGGCGAUCCAUGGAGUGGCGAUGCAAGUGGCGGCGAAGAUGGCGGAGAGCUUGGGAGUUGUAGGGAGGAGUGAUGAUGGAGCUGGAUUGUUCGAAGGAUGGCCGUGUCAGUUUCGGAUCAACAAGUACCAUUUCCAGCCGGAGACCGUCGGGUCUCCCGGCGUCCAGAUCCACACCGAUUCCGGGUUCCUCACCUUGCUUCAAGAAGACGAAUCCGUCGGCGGCCUCGAGGUCAUGGAUCCCUCCGAUGCCGGCUACAUCCCCGUCGAUCCCGUCCCCGGAUCCUUCCUCGUGAAUCUGGGUGAUCUCGCCACGGUGUGGAGCAAUGGGAAGCUGCGGAAUGUGAAGCACAGGGUUCAGUGUAAGGAAGCGGCGGUUCGGAUCUCGAUCGCGACGUUUUUGCUGGGACCGCCGAGGGACACGGUGGUGGAGCCGCCGCCGGCGUUCGUGGACGAUGUACACCCACGGCUGUACCGUCCCAUCAGCUACGAUGGGUUCAGGGAGCUUCGGCGGGUCACUGACAAGCACGCCGGCGAGGCGCUUCAGCUCUUGCAGGGCCCGCCGCCCGCAGCCUCUAUGGACCAAAUUUGAUGUUCAUUCCCUUCCCGCCGGCGUCCUUUGAGAAAAUCCAAGACGUCGAUUAAACUUGAUUGUAGUAGUGAAGCAGUGCGGCCAUGGUUAAGAAUAGAAGAAAGACAAAAGGCAAAUUACUAAUCUAUCCAUAGAUUAAAAAUAAGUUUUACUUUAUUACUCAUUAUGUUCUUUAUAUUGAGAAUCGAAGCCUCAAAUGUGAUUUAUCACUUUAUAAAAUCACAAAUGAGAAAUUAAUUAGAAUGUAAUUCGAGGAGAAAAAUUUUGACUAGCUAAAUUAGAGUUACUUCUUUUUGAAUAUAUGAUGAUUGGGACAUGUUUACCGAGCAUGCUUAUGUCUUCACCGUUAGUUCAUGCUUUUUUUUAUAGAUCAUAUUGAAUAAUUUUUGUUAAGACAAUAAAAAAUUCACACGAUCCGUCACAAUGAUACAAGAAUAACAAGUGAACGUUCUCGCAGUCCAUGGCCUUUUCAAAACAAGGGAAAGAGAUUAAAACUAAGCUAAUUUUUUAUAUUUAUUUUGACAAGUUAGUGUUUGUAUUGGUUGGUCUUAGCUAUUUUUCUUGAUCUUCUUCUAUUGACAACUAUGUCAACUCUUAUGUUUGUUCAAUAUAGACAAAUCUAAAAA